AUGACUACCCUACCCCCGUUUGCCCCGUUUCCCGAGGCGCCAUGGAGAGAUCGCCUUGUGCCCGAAGAAUGGGAAGCCUGUUUAUCCACUUGGAUCACAUUGGCAGAAGCACAUCUAUAUUCCGCCCAGGGAAGGAGCAUUGAUGAAUCGCUACAGUUGUUUCUCUCCUCUUUCAUGAAAGAAGUCGCAUCAAACGGAAUUCAAGUACUUGGCCCGUCUGAGUCAGCAAAGCUCCUGUUACGACAAUGUUUCCUUCUUGUUGCUAAGCUAUUACGAACGCCCUCUCCACCCCCUUCGGUGCUUCAGUGGGAGUUACUUGCCGAUUUCUGCCGUGUGUAUUCGAAAAAGAGGGUAUCCGUUUUGAUCAACCAAGUUUGCCAAAACCGACAAGUGAUAACCUCCCUGAGCGCUCUAAAGAAAUCACUUAUCGUUGAACUUGAUGCUGGUCUCAAAGGUGAUCUAAAAAACUUAGAGCCUCGUCUGAAGAGACUUAACCAUCUCAUCCAUGCAUCACCUGACACCGCCGCCUUCUUCUUGGCUGGAAGUGAUUUUCUCGAUGGCCUCAUUAACUGCUAUAAGAUCAUGAACCCUCCUCUGAGGAAGGUCAUCGUGGCAACUACUUACCUGUGUAUUGUCGGUUUAACAGAAGGGGAUUCGCCCAACUUUUCUAUGCUAACUGACCAGCUUUACUCUCUGAAAGUUGCAGCAGAUAGCCACAAGGAUGGACCGUUGAAUGUUAACGACUCCAUGGUGGCCGAGCUGGUCACAGUCACUCCCAUCCUCAAACAGGUGCAGCACCGCUUGGAGGGAUCUGGCUUGAAUGCCACGCGAUGGAAAUUGGUGGUCACUGCAUUAGAAGGGUUUAGGAAACCUGGUGGCAAUAUCAAGCCGAAGAAGCUGGUAAAACGGAAAAUCGAUAAAGGAAAGGGGGUCAUGACUGUGGAGGACGAUGAUAUCCCAGGGGAAAUGAGAAUACAUCGCAUGAGCCAAAUCACCCAGAUUCAAGACUUAUUCCCGGACUUAGGUUCUGGCUUUGUCUCAAAGCUCCUAGAUGAAUAUGGGGAUGAUACGGAGCAAGUUGUUGCACAUUUACUUGAAGAUUCCUUGCCAUCUCACUUGGCCACUGUGGAUCGUAGCAAAGAGCUAUCUCCGGAGAGAAGUAGGAGGAAAAGUCAUAAUAUUGCACCCCGGCCCACACCACCACAGGUUCCUGUGCGCCACAACGUAUACGAUGACGACGAAUUUGACCAACUAACAAUGGAUGUCUCCAAUAUCCAUUUCGGAAAGCGAAACCCAGAUAAAUCAGCAGACGAUAUCUUGAAUGAUCGAUCCUCCGCUCCAAACAAGGCCGCCAUUCUCUCGGCACUUUCUCUAUUCGAUGCUGACGAUGAUGAACGUGAUGACACGUAUGACGCCGCAGACGCUGGGCUAACCGUCAACGACGGAAACCCGGAAGAUGCCGACGACUUAAAACGAAAGGAUGCAAGUGAAGAGGCCCUUUUCAGGGCGUACAAAUCAGAUCCAAAAUUGUUUGGCCGAGAUGCAGCUACAAGACGAGCUGAUACCAGAACAAAAUUAAAACAGCAAACUGGAAUGACUGAUGAGGCUAUUGAGGGUUGGGCCUUGAUGUUGUCGAGAAUCCCCCAUCAAAUGAGACAGUUGGAGAUGAAAUAUAGCACUUUUAGUGGCGACCAAGCUGUCUUGGCCUCGACCGCCUGGCGUGCUAGUCCGGCAGGGUCAGGGACAGAAGACUCAGAUAUUGACGGUGUAAAUAAAAACAGUCGAGGAGGAUAUCGGGGCCGUGGCGGUGGCCGCGGAGGAGGCAGAGGAGGUGGUGGCCGCGGAGGUAGAGGAGGAAAUGUCGCAGGUUCGUCAGGGGAUAAAGAUACGGAAAAUGCUCGUAAACGCAAGGAAGCGAACAAGGGAUCGAGGGCGAAUCAUAACCGCCGAGAUCAGCGCGCGAGAAAGAUGGCACGCGGGGGAUUUCCCGGAUAA